CAUCGAUAACAAGAAUGAUGGUGGCAGAUGCUAAUGGGCUUGGAGUGACUCCUCCCAUGGGGUGGAAUAGUUGGAAUCACUUCAACUGCAAAAUUGAUGAGAAAAUCAUCAAAGCAACUGUGAGACUGUAAAAUUUGGCCACGUUACUUUCUUCUGGAAUGGGAAUCGCUCUGGAUGCUUUAACCCUGAAAUGGAGGAAUAUGUGGAAAUUCCAAGUGAUAGUGGAAUCUCAUUCAACAUCCAGCCAAAGAUGAAGGCAUUGGAGAUUGUUGAAAAGGCAAGGGAUGCUAUUCUGAGCAAGAAGUUUGAACAGGUACGUGUUAACCUACCCAAUGGGGACAUGGUGCGGCAUACUGGUGACAUUGAGGCCACAAUUGUUGCUUGCAAGGCUGCUGAUCAAGCUGUCAAGGUUCCCAUUGCUAUUGGAGGCCACGGACUGGCACCUGGUUUUCGGUUCCGCAAGGAUCUUCCUAGUGGUGGUCUUGCCAAUGUUGCUGCAACUAUGAUCAAUCUGCAUGGAUUUGAGGCCCCUUCCCAAGAGAACAUAGGGAAAAGAAUUCUCACUCUAUUAUUUCCUAAAUUUUGAUGUUAGGUUACAAAUGCCCAUUCAAAGAGGCAUUGACUUCCCUUAUUUUUGUUAAAUAAGUUUGAAAAACUAUGUUUGCUCACAGCUGCUGUGAGAGUACUGGGAUUUGGAGAUGACAUAACAGUUGAGAUGAAAAUGGAUUUUUGCUA